CAGCCUCCCUCUGCUGCCUCUGCCUGCCUGCUGCCUCUUGUCUAGCUGCUGUCAGGAGCUGACGGCCACCAGGGCUGGAAUCCUGUGACCCCUCUGUGCCCAGAGCCCCAUGAUGUCGGCCAACGUCACGCUGAAGCCGCUCUGCCCCAUCCUAGAGCAGAUGAGCCGUCUCCAGAGCCACAGCAACACCAGCAUCCGCUACAUCGACCACGCGGCCGUGCUACUGCACGGGCUGGCCUCGGUCCUGGGCCUGGUGGAGAAUGGACUCAUCCUCUUCGUGGUGGGCUGCCGCAUGCGCCAGACCGUGGUCACCACCUGGGUGCUGCACCUGGCGCUGUCCGACCUGUUGGCGUCUGCUUCCCUGCCCUUCUUCACCUACUUCCUGGCCGUGGGCCACUCGUGGGAGCUGGGCACCACCUUCUGCAAACUGCACUCCUCCAUUUUCUUUCUCAACAUGUUCGCCAGCGGCUUCCUGCUCAGCGCCAUCAGCCUGGACCGCUGCCUGCAGGUGGUGCGGCCGGUGUGGGCACAGAACCACCGCACAGUGGCGGCGGCUCACAAAGUCUGCCUGGUGCUCUGGGCGCUAGCGCUGCUCAACACGGUGCCCUAUUUCGUGUUCCGAGACACCAUCUCGCGGCUGGACGGGCGCAUCAUGUGCUACUACAACGUGCUGCUCCUGAAUCCGGGGCCUGACCGAGACGCCACGUGCAACUCGCGCCAAGCGGCCCUGGCCGUCAGCAAGUUCCUGCUGGCCUUCCUGGUGCCGCUGGUGAUCAUCGCCUUGAGCCACGCGGCCGUGAGCCUGCAGCUGCACCACCGCGGCCGUCGGCAGCCCAGCCGCUUCGUGCGCCUGGUGGCGGCGGUCGUGGCGGCCUUCGCGCUCUGCUGGGGGCCCUACCACGUGUUCAGCCUGCUGGAGGCGCGGGCGCACUCCGACCCCGGGCUGCGGCAGCUCGUGUGGCGCGGGCUGCCCUUCGUCACCAGCCUGGCCUUCUUCAACAGCGUGGCCAACCCGGUGCUCUACGUGCUCACCUGCCCCGACAUGCUGCGCAAGCUGCGGCGCUCGCUGCGCGCGGUGCUGGAGAGCGUGCUGGUGGACGACAGCGAGCUGGGUGGCUCGGGCAACAGCCGCCGCCGCCGCCGCCGCACGCCCUCCACCGCUCGCUCGGCCUCCCCUCUCGCGCUCCACAGCCGCCCCCAGGCCUCGCGGGGCCCGACGCGCCUCCUCGGCUGGCUGCUGGGCGGCUGCACAGCGUCCCCGCAGAGGAGCCCCCGGGACCGGGCGCCGAGCAACGCCUCGAGUUAGAACCCCGUCCGGGCAGGGCAGCGCUCACGCGCGAAAGCAUCACCAGGACGCCGCGGUUCGACUUGAUACCCGGACUCCAGCCGCGGAGAUCAAAACGUCCGAGGGGCGGGACCCAGGUGUCCACAUUUUAAAGCGCCUGGGGAGACUGAAUUUUUUUUUUUUUAAGAAACAGUGAGUUAAAGGAGUGCAUCUUGAGCUUUGAUGCGCCUGUGAAUCACCGAGGGGUCUUGUUAAAGUGCAGUCUGAUUCAGGGGGCCGGGCCGGUGCUCAGAGUCUGCACUUCACAAGAUCCCAGGCCGCGAAGCCAGGGCCGCAGGUUCCCAGAGGCCUGGAGUAACGCAAAGUGAAACUCCUAAUAAUGACUUCCCAGACUAGGGCAGUGGAGUCGGAAGGGCACUCCGGGUGCGUCUCCCUGGAGCUCAAUUUUAACAGAUGAUGGGGUGGGGUUUUACCUGAAACGGGAUACAUGUGUUUUUGAAGAGAGGAAAGCUUUGAGAAGCACAGGUCGAGCCUGCCCUCUGCAUUUAGCCAACGUUUACUGUGCUAGAUGCUUUAUUCCACAAUCUUAAGGGACAGCUUCUAUUAGCGUCUUUACAGCUGAGCACACUGCGGCUCAGGAGGUUAACUGGCUUGCCCAGUUUCAGGGCUAGAGAAACUCGUAACCUCAGGCAUCACUUGCUCAAUUACCCUCCGGUGAUCGAGGACAUCCUCUGAGCUACUUGAGGGACUUAAGACGCUACCUCGUGACCCAUCACUGCCCAAGGUACUUCCAAGGCAGAAGCAGGGGAUGCCAGGGUCAAUCUCUCGGGAAACCUGGGGCUAAUCAAAUCCAACGGGCAAAAUGACUAAACGUCUUUGGUCUUUAGAAUUCGAAUGGGCACAGCAGCUCUGAGACCACAGCAUGUCAUUUCUUAGCCAAGCUGACCAGAAUUCCCUGCAGGCCUGCUGUUCUGUGGGAUCCCUCUGGACAGUGGUAAUCCCAAGAUCUGUGCAGCCCCCAUCUCUAGCACGCACUGGGCUGCGCAGCUACCAUUUCCCAUUUGUGGGUAGGAGGGGUAACUUGCAUCUCUGACCUGGCACUUCCACUGCACCGCGUCUCAUUCCUCUGUCUGCCACGGACUUGAGGUCAGAGACUGCUGUGUUGUAGCUCUGCAGCCCAGGACUGACAGAGUUGGUGCCAAUGAAUGUUGCAGGGUGGAUGAAACAUCAGUGAAAAAAGCAGAUGAGAAGCUCUGGGGAUCUUGGUUCUGUGUUUUUGUGCCACAAAAGGCCCAGGUCAUGGAAGGCCUGGCCCACAGCAGGUGUUCAGCAAAGGAAACAGUGAGGUGCCCAGCUGGCUGCACAGCCACCCCGUGUUGACAACUCGCUCAUGCUCCCUCCCAUCCCUUCCCCCUCACAGCACUUCCCCCAUCUGACAUGUGGUACAUUUUGCUUGUUUAUUAUGUUUUCUCUCCAUCAGAAUGAAAGCACCUUGAGGGCAGGGACUUUGUUCUACUGUAUGUAUUUGCUGGUGCCUAGGACUGUGCCUGUAGGCAACAGGCACUCAAUAAAUAUUUGUGCUGU